CCCAGAGGAGCACGAAGAAGAAGAACGAGGAAAACAGGAUAUAAGCUGAUCUUCUGUCAACUGAGGAGAAAAUGGACACGCGGUUCACUCGAGGUAAAUCCAGCAUCCUGGAGCGACCCCUGACCCGACCCAAGACCGAGGUCAGCGUGAGCGCCUUCGCCCUCCUGUUCUCCGAGAUGGUCCAGUACUGUCAGAGCCGGGUCUACUCCGUGUCCGAGCUGCAGACCCGGCUGGCCGACAUGGGCCACAGCGUUGGAGCCAGCAUGCUGGACGUGCUGGUGCUGAGAGAGAAGAACGGGAAGAGGGAGACUAAGGUUCUGAACAUGCUGCUCUUCAUCAAGGUUAACGUGUGGAAGUCCUUAUUCGGGAAAGAGGCUGAUAAGCUGGAGCAGGCCAACGAUGAUGACAAGACUUAUUACAUCAUCGAGAAGGAGCCACUCAUCAACGCCUACAUAUCUGUGCCCAAAGAGAACAGCAGCUUGAACUGCGCUGCGUUCACUGCUGGCAUCGUGGAAGCCAUCCUCACACACAGUGGCUUCCCGGCCAAGGUCACCGCCCACUGGCACAAAGGAACCACACUCAUGAUAAAGUUCAACGACUCGGUCAUCGCCAGGGACAAGGCGCUGGACGGCAGAUAGAACACGACUGGAGACACUGGCUGGGUUUGGUUUUUGUUCAUCAGUACAGGAUGAGGAUAAGUCAUCCAGGUCCCGUCUUAUGUUAAAGUGUAGCUGACUGAAUGAUAUUGUUUGUGGUAACUGAUGUGAUGAUGAAUGGAUCUCUGCAGCGUACUGAGUCACAUCUACAGCAGAGAAGAUGCAGCUGAUUGGUCCAAACUUCCAGUUUUCUGUGGAUCAUCUCACCCUUCACCUUCUCAAGUUCCAUAAAUUUGUUUACCUUGCAUAACUUUUGAUGUGUAGCUCCAUUUGAGCUGUAAAAAAAAGUUUGUAAUUUCAGUUGAAACUGUUUCUCAUGAAUGUUGCUUCAUUGUAGAUCUGUGUGCA